UAGCAUGUUCACUAAUUUGCUAAUUGUUUCAUACUUCACCAGAAAUUAAAAAAAAAACAACAUAGAUCUAGUAAAAAAAUAAUAAUUUUUUUUUUUAAAUAAAUAAAUAGAAAACUAAAAAAUAAGUAAUUUGAUAAAUUUUUACAACUCGAAUGACGAUAUAAAAGAUUUCAUAAUUAUUAUAAAAUCUGAAUCAUAGCUAGAUAAACGGAUAUUUCAUAAUAAGUUUAGUAGUAAACAACGUACAUGUUUUUGGGAUUUUAUUAAAUGCUAUUUAUAGAUACACGUAAAAGUAGAUCUACUAGUAUCUUGAACUUGAGUGAAAUUUACGGUCUUAAAAAUGUUGAUGAAAGCGACAGUGUUAAUGGGUUUAGUGGUUGUUGGUGUAAAUGGGCAAGUAAAGAGAGCAGAAUACAUGUGCCAUGGAGACUUGUGUAAUGUUGGUGAUAAGCCUCAAUUCUGCUCAGAAACUUUUAAGUUAUGUAGAAAUUGUGAGGAUAUCAAAGAGGAAUGCGGCACAGCAAGUCAACCAAGGAACUGUACACAGUACUGCCAAGAUUUGGCUGUUGAAAGAGCGAUCACAAAAAACAUGAAAGAAAAUGAAGAUUCUUGUAUAGUUCUACCAAUGUUGUUGAACAUAGCACACGGCAAUGCAAUGCUCCCACCUUACAAUGGUAGCCGAAUUACUUCAGGUUCUGCUAUUGUAUAUAGAUGCGACGUUGAUUACAGAUUAGAAGGAACUGAUACAAUUGUGUGCUUAGGCAAUGACUCUUGGAAUCAAACGGCACUUCCUUACUGUUCUGAUCUAUCUUGGAUUGGUUUCAAACGUGCAAUUAUAGCACUCAGCAUUGCUAUUUUUGUAUUGUGCAUCAUCAUUGGAAUCAUACUAGUAUACAGACACUGUAAAAAAGGAAAGGGACAAGGAAUGUCAAGAUCAAACACUGAUAGUUCAUUCGAAAGCAGAGAAAUUGUCAAACCUCUGUUAGCAGCUGAAGACCAAUGCAUAAAUAAUGAAGUUGAAACAUUGAAAAUGAGUGCACUCAAUGACGAGUCACGUGAGCAGAAUGAAUCAAAUAAGACUCCUGUUGUCCCCACAGUACCUGCUGCUCCUUCUGCCCCACCUUUAGAUGAACAGAAAGACGGUAAACAAAUGAACGCAUCAAGCCUACACGAUGGAAACAGGCAAUCUGACGACAAUGGAAAUGCAAACGGUCCAUAUGAUAAUAUUCCUAGAAAAAAUGAUGCUGAAGGCAUUGACGAGAAAAGGGGUACAGAAGAAUCUGUUGACAGUACUGCUGCAGAAAGAGGGACUGGGAGUAACAUUCACAACGAUAUUGGAAUGGCUGAGGAAAACGCUCGUGGAAAGAAAGGAAAGGGAACAAAACCAUUGCCAGGUCGUACCACUGAGAAGGUAUCAGUCGGUAAAGGGCCACAAGUUAUCGCAGCAAAAAGGGAUAGUAUAACACCAACGAAGGAGACUGAACAAGAUGAUGUAUCCAAAAAUAUAGGAAUUGGUGGUGCCACAUUCCAAAACUCAGAUAUUAAAGGAAAAGGAAUGCAAACUGAAAUAACAAACAAGGAAGGUAUUGAGUCGGCAAUAAAAGAAUCGGGACUGGAUGAUUCUUCAGCCAAAGUUGGGUUUGAUAAACGCACUUUCCCAGCAUCUGACAUGAAAAUGAAUGAGCUAAAAGUUGUCGAUUGAGUUACAACAAUCAAAGUAUAAAAUGAAGUUUACUCCAUAUAAAAAAUUAAUAACACUUUGAAACUUUAAUAAAUGACACGUACAUAUUUAAACUAAGCCAAAGAACUUGUGUCAUGUUAAUUCUAACAAUAUGUAAAUUGUUGUUUUUCAAAUGAGUUUAAAGAGCAACAAGCAGUAUUCUGUGGUCAGUUUAUAAGGUAUGGACUAUGAAAUAUCAUUUGGUAAAAGUACCUAGCAAGUGGUCGAUGUUGUAUGAGCCAAACCAAACAUUACAGACCAGCAAUAUCAAAAGGUCCCACCGAAGGAGACUGCUCGACGAAAGCCAUCCCGCCCCGGUUGACGAGUGUUGUUCAAAGAGGAGAGGAUCAAUCGAGCACAUUAAGGGACUCACGGUUGGUGUUAAGAUGUUAAUUAUUUGUUCCCUAUAGUAUAACUCCAUGAUAUGGCUUAACAUGAACAGGCACAACCAGACUAAGCCUGCAACCUUUUCAAUUUUGCCGUUUUGAGAGAUUCUUUAGGGAUCUGUUUUGUCUUUAUUUUCUUUGGUUUCUAAAUGGUAAUGUUCCGACAAUUAGAUUCGACGAAUGACAGAUUUUGCUGUCAUAGAAAGAAUGGGAACAGACAUUUUCUGAGAUAAGAUUAUUGAUGUUGAAAGUUUGUACCAUUAUAUGUCAUCCCUGUUUGACUGAAUCUGACAGCCGGGUCGAUUGAGGGAGUGUGUAAGUGACGGGAUGGAUUUCUCAUUUAUUAGACACUUACAUUAAUAUUUUUUGGGUACAUUUUACUAUAAUCAAGUACAGUUGUAAUUGUCAUUAUGUUGUUGGGACAUUCACCAUGUGUUCUUUGGUGUUUGGUUUGUGUAAUGAUUGUGUAUAUUUUGUUUAUUUUUAAAAAAAUAUGAAUUGAAUGUAAAUGGUUCAAUUAUCACAAAUUUUGAGCGGCGAGUUUGAAUUGUCACGAAUUUUAAGUGGCGAGUGUUGAUUCAUUCCACAACAAUAGCACACUAAUUUGCUUUACGGAUAGUACAAAAAUUGGUCCGAAUGAAUACCUUAUAUAUACCUUACAAUGUUUUGAGAAAACAGCUCAUAGAUAAAUAUUAUUGGAAAAAACCAAAUAUACCAAAAUUUAUUGAAUUGUUAACAUCUCAAAAUGAAAAUACUAUAAGAAAAUUAUCAAUGUUUAUCUUUAAAAUGUUUGAAUUAAGAACAAAUGUUGAAUAUUCGUAAAUUAUAGUAGCUAGGAAGGUAAAUGUAAUGUUACUUAAUUGAUAUCAUUAUGCAAAACUUGUGCUUCAUUUAAACCUUGCUGUAAUAUGAUUAUUCUGUUCAUAUUAAACCAAACUUAUGUCUCAAAUAUACAGUAAAUGUUAAAUAUAUGUUAUAUAUGUUUAAUGACCUUGAUAUUAUGUUUCUGUAUGUAUGUAUGUUUGUAUGUAUGCUGUGUACUCAUGGGUAUAAUACCCACAUGUAUUUGGAAUAAAAUCUUGAAUCUAUAUUUUCGGAAAAUUAACUUUGUUUUCAACAGAAAAGUUUUAGAUAAAAGACACUGCUUAUUUGUUGUGCUUUUCGGCUAAAUGAUACUAGUAUGUACUGCUUACAUAACCUCUUUUUAAAAAAAUGAAUAAAAUAGUGCGGCUAUCCCUUUUGUGAAAUAAACCUUACUGUAUAUGCAUAUAUCAUCAUCUUCCAUUUUUAUUGUUACAUACUUGUACAAGGCAUGCAUGUGCAACAGAGUAUUGUUGCAGUAUGUUUGUAUGUCUUAACAAGUAAGUUACUAACUUCAAACAAUUACAUUGUAUUUCCUUACUUAUUGUAAAUAAUGCCAGUCUUGUGUACGAUUUAAUUAUCUGUGUUUAAAAGAGAAAUUUCAUUUUGUAAAUACAAUUUUGUAGCAUUUCUUGGAUGUAUUUUGGAAUUGAAAGAUCAAUAUAAUGAUCAUGAUAAUUUUGUACUACGCUAGAUACGCCUUAGCCUGGGCGCCAGGAUCAUCAUCAGAUUUAUUGAUUGUUUGAUUUUUGAAGUUGUCAUUUUGAGAUAUUGUCCACCUUAGCUUAUUGUAACUUUUUUGCUUAAUCAACAUAUGAAAUGCUUUAAAUGAAAUAUUGUUGAUUAUGCUUUUUUGGUCAUUUUUUUUGUUUAUCUUUACGAUAGCUUGCUUUUACUUAUUAUUAUAUUUUUUU